AUGGGAACAGGCGGAUCGGUGGAAAUGAAAAUUAAAGAUGAAUUGAUAGAGGAUGGCAAUGACAAACGAUUUACUGGCAUCAAGAAACAUAGCAGUCAACCUCAUAAUGUUGUUAGAAACAAGAAUGAUACAAAUGGAGUUCGACAAUCUCAAAGUUUAUUUUCAAUUGAUACAUCUGGAUCCCCACUGACAAAUCAACUUUUACCUGUUCCUGCUCGUAAAGAAAAUGAUUUGAAGAUCACAAAAGAACAGGAUAUCUUGGCUCUUCAGAGGAAGGAGCAAAAAUUAGAUACUGAAAAUACACGUCUUCGAGCUGAACUCCAAGCAUUAAACAGACUUUGUCAGAAAUUACGAGCUGAGCGUGAUACUGCUACAGAAAGUUGCCAUGAAGCUACGCAGAGAGCGAUAUCUCUUGAUCAGGAUAGAGAAAAAAUUCAAAGACAGUUCAAAAUAUUUCGUGAAACAAAAGAAUCGGAAAUACAAGCUUUGUUGCAGGAGAAAAGAUUACUGGAAUCCAAAUUUCAUCGCAUGCAAGCUCAUGGUGUUGCUACCGGAGAUGAUCACAAAUUCAAAAGUAGUGUCGAAUCAAUAAAGGAACGGGUUGUCAUCCCAGAUUCACCAACACCUCCAAAUCACUGGUGGGGGGCUGCUGAGAGUGAAACCACUUCAUUGUUCGGAAGUUACACACAUAUACAAAAUGCAGUUGCAGCGGAUAAUAAUGAAAGUAUUGCCGAUAUGAAAAAUAUAGAGGACACUCACACGUUGCAUUUUGAUGAAGUUUUGUCAAAUGGAAACUAUCAACUUACCAAUUCAAGCAACUUUGGAAGUAACAGCAUGCUGCCCGACUAUACAGAUCCUGAAUAUUUUGAAAGAAAUUCACUGAGAUGUUAUAUAACCGGUACUGCAGAUUGCCAUAAGGAAGUUGCUUCAUUGCUAAAGUCAGAAGAUUUGAAAUUGCUAACAAAAAAUUGUGCAAUGGAAGGAUAUUUUCUAUCUAUUGUGUCUUUAGAAGGCUUGAAUUUGAAGAAUCCAUUGGUAUCUAGCUGUCAUCACUCAGUUUCAGUUGAUGAAAUUGUUUCUCAUACAAUUAAUAUUUCGGAUCUCGUUAUUUGUUUCAUUGGCCAUGAAGCAGGACGGUACACCGAGCUUGAAUGCAGAUUAAAUAGCUCUGAAGAUUAUGGUUCGAAAACCAAUGUAGUGUAUUUAUUGAAAGAGUGUAAUAAUAAAACAGAUUCAGAUAAAUCAGAGUCUAUCAAAAGCCUACGAACUGCCAUUGAAAAUUCAAGGAAUGGAAAUGUACAAUAUUACAACAGAUGUUCAGAAGGGGUUGCAGCAUCUAUUAAAGAAAUCAAACGAAUAGCUAAAAUGGAAUUGGGAGUUGGGAUCGAUGAAAAAACAGAACCAAAUGAAGUUGGUUGUGUGGAUGAAAUACAACUUGAUGAAAGUAUAGAACAGGAACAAAGAGAAAUUGCCUUCGUGAAUGAAAAUGACAUGAAGCCAAUUGGUUUUAGAAAGUAUUAUGAAAGAUUGAAUGACUUGGUUUCAUCACCAGGUCCAACACCUCCCCUCCUAAUAUCAGGUGGAUGUGGUUCUGGAAAAACCACUUUAAUUAAAUCAUGGGUUGAAUGCCUUCGCAAUAUGAAUCAGAAUUUCGUCAUAUUUCAACAUUUUGUGACAUCAAGCAAAUCUGCAACUGCAGACCCUGUAGUUAUGAUGAGGCGAAUGUUGUUUCAAGUUUGUGCACAACUUCCACCUUCUCUUGCUCCACCAUCUUUUGCUUUAUCAAGCUAUGAUGUUGCUCAUCUCAAAGUCUUACUGCCACGUUGGUUGGAGAGAGUGAGCACUACAAAGAAUGCUAGAGUUCUCUUAGCAAUUGAUUCUAUGGACAUGAUAACAGAUUCGAGUAAACAUUUCAAAUGGUUAUUGGAUCCUCUUCCAGUUGGUCUCAGAGUCGUAAUAUCAGUGGGAGCCAAUUCUUGUCCAGAUAUCUGGCGACAGUGGCCAACCUUACACCUCGAACCUUUUUCAUUUCAAUGCGUUCGUGCGAUUAUGGCAGAAUUUGCAGAGCGGGAAAAAGUACAAUUUAAAAGUUCUCAGGAAAAUGAUGUAACAGCUCAAUGUAGAACAGCUAGCACCUGUCAUCCACUCUAUGUUGUUUUAUUGUUGAAAGUUUUCUGCAGUGUUUGUAUGAACAAUCGGAAAGAAACUUUUUUUCAAAGUUGUCUAAAAACACGAGAUUGUUCAGAGAUGUAUCGUGUAUUGUUGAAACAUAUUGAAAGCGAAUGUAUCAAUACACAGAUACAAGAACAGUUUAUACACAUCUUACAGUUGAUUUAUUGUUCAAGAUCGGGUUUGAACGAAUGCGAGUUAUUACGAUUAAUUCCAGGUUUAUCAUGGCAAACAUGGUCAUGUUUACAUUUGUUACUUGUUCAAUUCUGCAUACUUUCAGAGAGGGCAGGUCUGGUUUGUGUGUGUAAUUCUUCGGUAAAAAUUAAUUUUCAAAAUUUGAAUUUUUUUUUCAGAUUUCCUCUGUUCAUAGCUGAAACUUAUAUUCAGGAUAAGAUUAGGAAAUCUUCAACACGACUGUUGAUUCAGUACUUCGCCAGGAAUUCUUCGCUAGAAUAUCGUCGAACUGCAGAAAUGUUGCCAUGGUUACUACGGCAUGCAAAAUCAGUCAACGGAAUGCGAGAAUGUUUACUUCAACCAAAUAUAUUUCAUAACCUUUAUCUCAGUGGACGAGCUGGUGAACUGGUUGAAUAUUGGCAAUAUUGUGAUGAAGAUAAACAAGGCAUAGUCAGGCUAUACAUGGAUAUGUUAUUAUUCUUAAGUCGAGGGGAGUUGUCAUCACAAACUGGCAGUUCCAGUAGCUUGUUUUCUGGAAAUUCUCAACGUCUGACUGAUCAUCUCUUGAUAUCUAAUGUUUAUGAAUCUGUUGGUAGAUUUUUAAGAGAUCUGGGAUUAAUGGAAGAUGCUGUCACCUGUAUUCAGCGAUCUAUGGAGAUACGAGAGAGUGAAUUGGAUCCAGAUCAUCCAUUUGUUGCUGAUUCAUUACAUUAUCUAGCAACAGUAUAUAUAAAGUGGAAAAAAUAUGCAAUGGCAGAACCACUUCUGAAACAUUCCCUUGAGUUGGUUGAGUGUGCAGCAGGAAGAGAACAUCCUCGAGUGAUUCAAGAACUUCAAUCUCUAUCUUUUGUGAUUAGAAAGCAAGAAAGACACGAUCAAGCCGACAUAAUUGCUAAACGAAUUCAUUCAUUACAAGAUAGAAACGGUGGAGUUUUAUUUACUUCGAAGAGAACAGCAAAAUUAGAAGAUUUGGCCACAGGGCAAGAAUCUGUAAAUUUGGCAAAUUCAAUGAAUGAGUUGGGUGUAUUGUGCUAUGUGCAAAAGAAAUAUAGUUCUGCAGAAUCUUUUUUGAAAAAAUCUCUGGCCAUGCGUGAAAAAUUGCUUGGAAAAAAUCAUGCAGAUGUUGCACAAUGUCUUCAUAAUUUAUCAGCUGUUUACAAUGAACAAAAGUUUCAUCAACAAGCUGUGGAUUGUAUGAAAAAAUCAUUGAAAAUAAGGAGAGAAAUAUUUGGAGAACACAAUCCUUUAGUUUUUUCGACAGCAAAACAUCUUGCAAUUCUUUAUAAAAAAUCACAACAAUAUGAACUUGCAAGAGAUGUUUAUGAAGAAGUGUUGAAAAUGUCAAAAGUAAUUCAGGGGGAUGACAGUUCUAUAACAGCAACUGCAAUGGUAAAUCUUGCAGUUGUAGAAAGUCAAAUUGGUCAGCACGAUUCUGCACUUCCGUUAUAUCAACAAGCUCUUGAUAUUUAUGCAAUUAAACAUGGAUCCUCCAGUAAACAAGUUGCUGACACAUUGAGAAAUAUUGCUGUCUUGAGGUAUGAUAGAAAAGAAUUUGAAGAAGCUGCCGCUUUAUACAAAAAAAGUAUGCUGAUUAGAGAAGAAUUAAAAUUUAAAAAGAAAACUUGGAAGUAAUGUGAUUUUCGAACGGAGGUAGAACUUUUCUUCAGUAUUUGCGUUUUGUAUUUUUUACCAUCCUCGUGCAUCGUUUAUAAAUAAAUUACUUUUCUAUCAAUUUGUUUGUGAUUAUGACAGGACUCCUUGUUUUGUAAGAGUGUAUGAAUUAAAGUU